AUGUUAUAUCUUGUAGUAAUAGUUACUGAAGGUAUUAUUAAAUGUGUACUACCUGAGCGAAUAAUUACAAUUACAGAAAAUGAACAGUUUUCAGAAUUGUAUGAAAUAUUUACUUCUGGACAAUUUAAUAAUCAAAAUGUUAAAGUUUAUGUUCGUCAAAAUAGAGUUGACAAAUGGGUAGAAGUAAGCGAUGGGUUAAAUAGUGAUCUUAAAAUUAUGGAGGUCUUAGGAUAUAAUCAUCAUCAUACUAAACAUACUAGACGUGAUUUAUUAUAUAAUGAAAUUAUUGAUCUUUUACGUAAUCAAAAAGCUGGUUGGAAAGGAGGUGUUCACCAAACUUUAGGAAAGGAGUUUGUAGAGCGUAUUGCAAAUGCUAUUUGGUAUAUUGAUCCACAUUUAAAAUUAUUACAAUCUCGUUCUUGCCAUAUUCCUGUGCUCUUUAAAGAAUUAGCAACAUAUGCAAAUGAUGAUCCUGAUAUAAAUACAUACAACCUUGCAUAUCGUACCACUCAUCACAAAAAAGAACCUAUUUCACAUCAGAAACUAGACCUUUUAAUCAAAUCAUUAGAACUUUUAAUAGGGCAACCUUGGGUGAACGAUAAUGAAUGGAAUAAUAUUAUUCCUGCUAUAAUUGCCUUGGUGGAUAUGAUGCGAAAAUAUAGUGAGCAUCUUGUAAAAAGUAAAACAAUAAUGGCCACUAUUCAUCACAAUGAUGAAUCAACACGCAAUCCAACAAAUAAUUCUCGUAUGUUUCGUGUUCUUGGCUGUAAGGAAAAUGAUCUUAAUGAACAAUAUCAAGAGUUAAAUGAUGCCAUUCUACAAUGUGGUUUUUAUCAAUAUAUGGAUGUUUACUCUUAUCUUCCUAUAGAUAUUAUGAAAUAUGAAACCCAAAAAGUUCGUAUGUUGGCAAAAAUUCAUGAAGGAUUGCCUAAGUACUUUACCUGGCAGAUGAGAAAGAAUGUUCUUAACAAGUAUUCUUUAAUAAAAACAGUUACUCCUGCCAUAUUGCGAAUGUUAUAUUUUGAUCUUACUGGUGAUGCAGCUGUUACAGCAAAUAUUAUUAGCCGUGAAAUUGAAGAAAGGUUACACUUAAUGAUGGCACUUGAAGAUCCAUCAAUAACAUUUGAUUUGCGAACAAAUAAUGGAUUCAAGGGAAAUAAGUUUGAUAUAUUUUGGACUGAAUUAGAUAUGUAUUUUAAUGAGGAAACUCCAGCUGUAGAUGAUCGACGUCACGAUACAAUCAUGCAUAUGCCUUUGGCAAUUUCUAUAUGUGAUCUUCGUGAUAUAAUUUUAGCAAGACUGCAUAUUAAGAAUGCAAAGGCUAUACAAUAUACAGGAAGAUAUCAAGUUAAAUUCAAGGUGCAAGGUAGAUUACUUCAGCCUAUUGGUGAGGAUGUGCCUGUAUCUACUGGAGUGCGUAACUGUCGAUCAUUAACUACACAAAAUAAUGAUCUAAAUGCAUCUGAUCAUGAUUUCACUAAACUUUCGCUUACACCUUCAGUCAUUUUUUUUGUUUCCAUUCCAAGUGAUAUUUCUGGUGGAUUUUAUAGUGGACAAGUUUUUGUAUCUUUUAAAGACACUGUUUUUGAACCAAGCAGUGCUAUUAGACAUGCAACUGAAUUUCACAAUGCUAUCGAUAUAAAGUACACACAUCAAACUUCACCACCAAUUUUAUGUCUUUAUACUGAUGGUGGACCAGAUCAUAGGUGUACUUAUGGUUCAGUUCAAAUUGCUUUAAUCAGUCUCUUUUUAAGUGGAAAUUACGACAUGCUCAUUGCAGUGCGCACAGCUCCACAUCACAGUUGGACAAAUCCGGCAGAAAGAAUAAUGAGCAUCUUAAAUUUAGGACUUCAAAAUGUAUCAAUUAUGCGAAACACAAUGAGUGAUGAAUCUGAAGCACUUUUUGACAAAGCUGAUAUACUUGAUGAAAUUCGUGAUAAAGCAAGUAAAAAUUCUAAUUUAGAAAAGGGGUUACGAGAUUGCAUUAAAGAUGUUCAAAAUUUAUUGCAUAAUCGUUCUGAAAGAUUGGUUUUAAAAGAUCAAUAUUUCAAAUGUUACGAUGCUGCAAAUGAGCAUGAUAUUAACGGCUUGUUUCAGUCUAUUUUAAAGGUUGAUCCUUCAUUGAUCCGUAGUGAAAUCACACAAGCUCAACUAACACGUCAUACUGAAUUGAUUAGUUUUAUGAAAACCCAUUGCCAUGAACGCGCUUAUUCCUUUCAGAUUAAAAAAUGCCAAAAUGUAUUGUGUGAUAUUUGUACACCAAUACGCCUUCCACAAACCAUCUUUGACAAUUUAUAUUUCUUACCUGAUCCAACUCCGGCACUAGAUAGUCCGGAACACUACUCUUCAUUUCAAGCCGUCUAUGGGAAACAAACUAGUGAAGAAUUCUGCCCAUCACUGCAACUUAACCAAGCCAAUGCUGAGCCUGCACCCAAAAGUGUAUUAGUUAGUGGUAAAAUUCGAGAUUAUAUUAUGUGUUGUGAUUGUGGAAAACGGCGUUGUGUUUAUAGUAAUAAAGCAUUGAGUCAAGAUGAGAUGCAGGAUUUUAAGCAAUCUCUGGAUGUAUAUGAUUAUUCUUGUGGCGCACCUCUCUUUUCUGAUGAUCAUUAUUUGGCGGAAAUAUUAUUUGUUCGUGUAAAAAUAUCUUGUGACAUUCCUGUGGAAAUCCUUUACUGUUCUAGCCGAAAAUCUGGAAACUUCGAUAUAUGCUACUAUUGUGGUACAGAUAGUGAUUUCGUUGAUUCACCUAGCAUUUUAAGAACUAAAUAUAAGAUAAUAUAUCUAUUAUGCCAAGGGUGUCAGGAUAAAGGUAAAGAAUUUAGCACUCGUAUAGAGGUUAAAGUGAAUAACAAUAAUUCAAAGCGAAGAAAAAUAAGCUAG